AUGGGAUUCAUGACAGGCCUUUUCAGCGGUUUCACAUUGACAGCUUCCGUUCUCUACAUCAGCGUCCAAGUUCAUCGCUCGACACGAAUACAGCAACGAGACGCCAUUCGCGAACAAGUUGAAAUCUUGAAUGAACUUGCUGCUCCACUCGGUGCUUACUAUCGCAGCUUUGCGCCAGAAACUCCAAGUAAAGAUUCAAUUGCUCCAAAGCCGAAGAAACCCUCUGCAGAGGAAUUGUUGAAGCAUCAGUGGAAUAAAGAAAUGGAAACGUUGGCUACAAAAGCAUUGAAUCUCCGCUGGAAUGACGUUAGUCACUCUGCAGCAGAAGGGUUCAAAACUAUAACAAGAUUGCUGAAACGAGAAUAA